AUGGCGGGCCGUCUCAAAAAUGCCAUCAAAAAGAGGGCAUCACGUCUCUUCCAUGGAGCUGAUGCCAACAACACCAAUUCUGGGGGUUCAGAACCGCACCCAGCAAGCAACAGAAACAGCUUGACUGAGGCGAGUCGGAACUCUCAGCCUCGACAUCGAAAGUCUCUGAGUCUACUGAGCAGAAGUUCAAAGACUGAGAGGCAUAACGGCCCUGAAGCUUCACAGGCACAGCCUACGGUUGGGGCCCAGAACACAGGCGACUUUCUAGCUCAUCCGGCAAUUCAACCGUUGAAAGCAGAUCCAACGCCUAGAACGCCUAGACUAGAACGGCCGCGCCCCAGCCUAGAGCCGGAAGAUGCAACUGGCUGGUGUGGGGAUGAAACUGCUGAAGAUGCAUCUCAUCGAAAAUCUCAGCGGUAUUCAACAGAGCCAGAACACUCCCAGAGCACUACAUACCAGACAGUGAGGCCAAGCCAGGCGGAGAAUACAGAUGGCCUUGAAACGAGGUUGUCUCGGCUGGCCGUUUCUCCGGAUGAAUCAACACUUCCUGAGAUAGACAUCGACCCUCUCACACCGUUCGACCUCGUUGAAGAAGCCAGUCCUACUCAGGCAAGACUCUCACGAUUGGCAAUUGGUGAAGAAGGACCCGAACAUGCAGCGACUCACAUCAAGCCCUUAUUCCAAGAAUCAGACGUUAACCUUGAGUCAAAUUCAAGUCAAGAAGCCAAUAUUCGCCAGAACCUGGACUCUAUUCACCCUAGAGACGCUGAGUUUGAACGUAUCAACGAGGAAGUCCGCGCUGGUACAAACGGCGAGGCCAAGUUUCACCUCCAGAACAGCCUUAACUUUGAUAGAACUAUUCAUAACCGAGACCCAGUCGUGCAGGAGCAUGUUCGGCCUCAUGUUCAUACAAUUUACGAACCCAAGCGUACGCGGUCCAUCCACUACCAUGAGCAUCGAACUUUGAUCCAGCCGAUCAAAGACCCAAAUCCAACGAUUCUUCCAGAGCAACAUUGGCUUCAGGACGACAAGACUGGGGAAAUUUAUAGAAUUCCUGAUGAGCUGGGAAAGAAGUUGAUGUAAACUGUAUUUGAUAUUGCAUGUUUGCUAGGCCAUUUGGGAAACAGAAGCGAGGAGUCAAAGAGUCAUAUUUAACUGUAGCUUUUUCUUAAACACGAAUGUCUUGGAGACAGGUCUCC